CGUUGACCGCACACGUCGCCGCCGCCGCCGCCGCCGCCGCCGCCGCCGCCACCCGCUCGCGGCGCCGUGCACGAGCGGAGGGCCGACGGCAGCCAGUGCAGUGCAGGCAUCCACUGUUACCUGCACAAACCAGAUCUACCAGCAGAGAGCAAAUCGAUGAUGGAUGUCGGGACGGGACGCCUGUUCCCCAAGCUAUUGGAGCUCCUCCUCAUGGAUGAGCACAAGCUGCAGAAGUGCGACAAGGGAGACCUCGAGCGUCUGUCAAGGGAGCUGAAGAGCACGCAGCUUGUCCUCCGCAAGUUGGCGGAGGUGCUCGACAACCAGGUCAGUCUCUGGGCAGACAAUGCCAGGGAGCUGUCCCAUGGCAUCGAGAAAGAUGUCGACGACAUUCUGGUCCUUAUUGAAGAAGGCAAAGAUUUCACCAAGAAGAUGGCCAAUCUGUUCAAGGGCAAGACUCGGUAUCAGAUCUCUCGCACAAUCGGAGACAUCGAGCAACGACUCCUCAAAAUGCCCAAGAGGCGUAACAGAUUCAAGGUCGACGGCGUUCUAGCCUAUCAGCGUUCAUCACAUACAGCUCAGCCCACGUCGCCGCCUCCUCAGGCCCUGCGUUUGCUCUCCUCGCCGCGCAUGAGGGGAGGGGAGGGGACUGAGACAGGCAUCCACCGGCUGUCACCUCCACAAGCUAGAUCUACCACUAGACAGCAGAGACGGAGCGACCAAUCGAGCUCCCUCUUCCCCAAGCUAUUCGAGCUCCUCUUCAUGGAUGAGUACAAGCUGCUCAAAUGCGACAAGGGAGACCUCGAGCGUCUGUCAAGAGAGCUGAAGAGCGCACAGCUUGUUCUCUGCAUGUUGGCGGAUGUGCCACGGGGACAGCUCGACAAUCUGAUUAGGCUCUGGGCAGGCAACGCCAGGGAGCUGUCCUAUGUCAUCGACAAAGACGUCGACGAUCUUCUGGUCCUUGAAGAAGGCAAUGAGUUCACCGAGAAGCUGGCCAACCUGUUCAAGGGCAGUACUCGCUAUCAGAUCGCUCACACAAUCAGAGGCAUCGAGCAACGUCUCCUGGAAAUGCCCAAGACGCGUAACAGGUUCAAGGUCAAUGGUGUUGCAGCUAAUCUAGGCUAUCAUCGUCCGUCGACGAUCUUCUUGUUGCAGGCAUCUAACAUCACCUGCACAAACGAGAUUCAGCACCAGACAGACAGCAGAUCGAGCAUCGAUGUCAGAGCCGUGCAGGAGGGGGAGGGUUGCGGGGAGCCAACACAGGCAUCUACUGUCACCUGCACAGAUGAGAUUCAGCAGCAGACAGACAGCAGAUCGAACAUGGAUGUCGGUGCCGUGCAGGAGGGGGAGGGUUGCGGGGAGCCAACACAGGCAUCUACUGUCACCUGCACAGAUGAGAUUCAGCAGCAGACAGACAGCAGAUUGAGCAUCGAUGUCAGGAAGGGACACCUCUUCCCCAAGCUAUCCGAGCUGCUCUUCAUGGAUGAGCACAAACUGCUCAAGUGCGACAAGAGAGAGCUCGAGCGUCUCUCAAGAGAGCUCAAGAGCAUGCAGCUUGUCCUCCGCAAGCUGGCGGAACAGCCGUGGGAACAGCUCAACAAUCAGAUUAGGCUCUGGACAGACAACGCCAGGGAGCUAUCUUAUGUCAUUGAGAAAGACAUCGACGAUAUUCUGGCCCUCGAAGAAGGCAAGGAGUUCACCAAGAAGAUGGCCAACCUGUUCAAGGGCAAAACUCGCUAUCAGAUCGCUCACACAAUUAGAGACAUCGAGCAACGACUCCUGAAAAUGCCCAAGAGGUGUAACAGGUUCAGGGUUGACGAUGUUGCAGCUAAACUAUAUGCCCCGCCCGUUGGAGAUCCCUACACAUACGAGGGAGAGAUCAUUGGCAUUGAGCAUGCAAGGGAUGAGCUGGUGCAGGUUCUGUGCAAUGGGGACAAUCAACUCAACAUACUCUCAGUUGUCGGAUCCGGAGGAUUGGGUAAGACAACCCUUGCCAAAGCAGUGUAUCAUAAGCUUAAGACGCAAUUCGAUUGCAAAACUUUCGUUCCUGUAUCUCAGAAUCCUGACAUGCAGAAAGUUCUGAUGCACAUUCUCUAUGAUCUUCACAAGCAAAGUUAUUCAGACAACAGAGCAAAGGGUGAAAUGCAGCUCAUUCAUGAAAUCAGUAAAUUCCUUCAGACCAAGAGGUAUCUCAUUGUAAUUGAUGAUCUAUGGGACGAAAAUAGUUGGAAUACCAUCUCUUUGAGUUUGCCAAGUAAUGAUUGUGGCAGCCGAGUAAUUACUACAACUCGUGUUAAUAAGAUAGCUGAAAAAUGUUGUUUGAAGAACAAAGACUUGAUAUAUGAAAUUAUGCCUCUUGGGUACCAAUACUCCAAAAGAUUGUUUCUAAAGAGAUGUUUUGGAUCAGAGGACAGUUGCCCUGAUGCACUUACAGAAGUUGAUGAAAUCUUGAAAAUCUGUGGUGGUAUGCCUUUAGCAAUAAUAAGUGUUGCUUCAGCAGAUUUUCCAUUUUCUGCUGGCAAAAUAAAGGAGCGAUGCCAAGAGAUCAUGAAGUCUUUACAUUCUGCGGUUGGUGGUUUAUGUUAUGUGGAAGGGUUGACAAGGAUUCUGUUAUGUAGCUACUUCGACCUUCCCGACACUCUGAGGGCCUGCUUGCUGUACUUAGCUGCAUCUGCUAGGAACCAAAGCAUUCAGAGGGAUAGUUUGGUUAGGAAAUGGAUUGCUGAAGGACUUGUCCCUAAAGAUAAGAGCUGUAGUCCUGAGGAAGUGGCAAGGCGAUACUUUGAUGAGCUCAUCAACAGGAAUGUGAUUCAGCCGGUGAAAUAUCUUAACUGUCUAGGGAAAGAGACCUAUGAAGUUACCUAUAUGAUGCUCUAUGUUCUUAGACUGAUAUCACGAGAACAAGACUUUGCUACCUUUUUCUCUGAGUCUGAGCCACAUGUGGAAGUGAUGCCCAACCGUUUGUUUAUGCGAUGUUCUGAUACAGAACUUUUGAUUAGCACGGAAAGGAUGAACCUAACCAACGUGUGUUCCGUGACUAUGCUUGGUCCUGCUAAUCCAGUUUCACUCAAGCAGUUGAAGAAUGUACAGGUGUUGGAUCUAGAUGGUUGCGAGGAUUUAGACAACUCUGGUAUGGAUGAUAUAUGCCGAAUGAUCAAGCUGAAGUACCUGAGUCUCAAGCAGACGCAAGUCACUGAGAUCCCUCCAGAAAUCUCGAAUCUGCAAAAUCUGGAGACUCUGGAUGUGAGCUGGACACAAAUCAGCAAUCUUCCUCCAGAAAUCAGGAAACUGCAAAAUCUGGUGACUCUGGAUGUAAGGCAGACACAAGUGAAAGACCUUCCCAAGGAAGUUCUUCAGCUUCGUAGACUAAAACAUCUGCCUUUUGUUUGUCAAGGUUGCUUCGGAGUAAAGUUGUCUGGAGGAAUCGACCAGUUGAAGCCAGUUCAGGUGAUGGGCACUGUUGAUUCCAGAGAGUGCUCGGAAAGUGCUAUGAAGGAGAUUAGCGAGCUGAUAGAAGUAACGGAGCUUGAAUUAGUCCUGUAUGAUGGACUUGCUGACAUGGAAAAGAAUGAUAAGCUACUGUCUUCCGUAGGCAAGUGCAGCUAUCUUAAAUCUCUGACAAUUUAUGGUGAUUCCAAUCCGAGCGACAAACUUUCUCCUGAAUCCCCCAACUUUCCCCAACUUGAGAAGCUAAAGGUGGCAGGACGAUUUGUGAAAGUUCCAGGGUGGAUUGCACAGCUCAGCACUCUUACUCUUCUUGAUAUCAGGGUCUGGAAACUAGAGGCGAAUGAUCUGAUGAUAAUCGGAGGCCUGCCCUGCCUGAGUGUUCUUGCACUAGCACUGGUUGCCCUCCCAAGAAAGCAAGUAAGCAUCACCAGCAGUGCAGGCUUCGUGAGGCUUGAGGUGUUCUGUUUUGACUGUUGCGUGCCGUGGGUAAGCUUUGAGGACAAAGCGAUGCCAAAUCUGAAACAGCUCCAGCUGAACCUCUAUCAUGGGCCAGCAGAUAAAGUCCCAUCAGGUAUCAUGCUCCUUGAGCGCCUCAACAUGGUGAUCCUCCUGUACUCUUCACAGCAUGCAGCCAGUGACGGUGUCUUUGAGACAAUUGCCGUUGUGAGGGAAGACGCUGCCAGCCAUGCUAAUCUGAUCAAGCUUUCCAUCAAUGGCGACCGAGAGAUUUUCCUGCCCAAUAAAACUGCUGACAGAGGGUUUGAAAGAGAAUUUGACACAAGUGUUAGCAGAGUGAUAACCGAAGUCGAAGAAGUGCUAGCUUCUGAGUGACUACAUUCUCAUGGGUAUGUCAUGUCAAUGGAUGUUUGCUUGCAAUGGAUGUGAGCUUUGGUCUUCUUAGCAAAUUCAGCAUUUAGUUGGAACUAGGGUCAUCAUAUUUGUGUAUCAGCUCAAAUGUGACAUGUCACCUUCCUCUCUUUCCAUUUUAGACAUGAUAAUAAUCCGGUUGGUUUAUGGGAUGCCUGCCUGGCAAUCUUUACCAUCAAUCCUAAUGAUGCUUUUUA